AUGGACGAGGAAUUCGCCGACAUCCCCUCUAACCCGACCGACUCCAAUAUCUACUCUUUCGGCCGUAUUGGCCAUCACUAUAUCGUGGCUGCCUGUCUGCCUGCCGGUCAGAUGGGUAUAAGCCAAGCAGCCAUAGUGGCCAGCCAGAUGAGCACCAGCUUCCUAUCGCUGCGGUUUGGCGUUCUAGUUGGCGUUGGCGGAGGAGUCCCGAACCUCGAUGUAAACAUUGAUAUACGGCUCGGCGACGUUGUUAUCAGCCAACCAACAGGCCAACAUGGCGGAGUGGUUCAGUAUGACUUUGGCAAGACUGGAGCCGACGGCCGUAUAGCUCGUACCGGCAGCCUCAACGCGCCACCAACAAUACUCCUCACAGCGUUGGCUAAGUUCCGUGCCAACCAGUUUCGGGGCAGGACGCAAGUCGCCGCGAAUCUAUCGAAGCUUUCUAGCCAGCCGAAUUUCGCAUCUCCAGGACCCGAAAACGACACCUUGUAUGAAGCAUCAUCGCCACACAUAGCUGGAGCUACAUGCGCAAAGUGCCGGCCAGAAGAUAUAGUACAUAGGGAAUCGCGCCUAACGACGGAUCUAUACAUCUUCUUUGGUAAUAUCGCAUGUGGUAACCAGGUUAUGAAGGAUGGCCCAACGCGCGAUAGAUAUAGCCAGGAACUAGGGGGGUUUUAUGCUUUGAGAUGGAGGCGGCCGGUCUUAUGA